AUGAAGAGCUCUCUGUCUUCAACCACCCGUCGCAGGUUCAUCACCCUCUUCCUCAUCUUGUUUCUCUUUCUCUUCUCUUCAGCCAGUUGCAACGUUCCAUCAUCUUCAUCUUCCUCAGGUAACACCCUCAACCAUCACCCCCUCCUUCGUUACUGUGAUUCUUUUACCAAGAGAAACCCACGUUCCUUGUGCACUGAGCUCCAAAAAAUCCACCAAAGAUUUAUCCAAACAGUUCCACCCUCCCAAGAAAUUGACCCAAGAUUUGGUGCAGAAAAGAGACUUAAAAGAAGGGCUGAAUCUGAAAACAAGCAUGGAAAUGGUCCUUUAUGGGGCAGCUUUGAAGAGAAUAUGGUUGGAGGUGUAGGUCAGGAGGACCCCAUGAGUUUCAUUAAUAUGGAGCCACCAAAGGACAAGGACGUUUCUAUUUAUGGGUUUUGGUUCGUUUCUGAGGUCAAAUUGAGCUAA